GUGGUUGACAGCUAACAAGCUCUCAUUAAAUAUGAAAAAGAGUGAAUUUAUGAUAAUAGGAUCAAGACGUCGCUUAGCUUCAAUUGAAAAUAGCCCAGUACUAACAUUAGGGGGAAACAACAUUAAGCGAGUUUACCAAAAAAAGUCACUAGGCAUGAUCCUUGACGACCAGCUAAAAUGGAAUAAACAUAAUGAAAUGCAAUGUAAAACAAUUUCAAAUAAUAUCGCCCUGCUGAAAAGAGCAAAAUUGUUUGUCAAUAGAGAUAGUCUGAUAAAAAUCUACAAUGCCUUAGUGUGGCCUCAUUUCAAUUAUUGUUCAACAAUCUGGAAUGAUGGAUGUUGUUCGAUAAUUGAUAAAUUGUUUAUACUGCAGAAGAGAGCAGCGCGUGUGAUAACAGGGGACACAUACGAGGUUCGUUCCAUGCAAACGCUAGAUAGUCUUAAUUGGCUUCCAAUAGAAGAACUUCUAAAACAACGACAGUUAAUAAUGACAUUUAAAGUACUAACUGGUCGAUUACCUCGAUACCUUGAAAAAUUGUUUUCAGUAAGUCAAAAUGACAAUUACAAUCUAAGAAGCAAUCAAAUUAAAUUGAACCUACCCAAACCUAAGACAAAUUUUCUCAAACGAAGUUUCUCGUAUAGAGCUGCUAAGUCCUGGAACGAACUUCCAAGUGAAACAAUUGAAAAUUAUAACAAUCUUUCAAUUUUGUCGUUUAAACGGCAAUUACUUAAUUCAUCCGUAUCAAUUCAUUGUAAAUAGUUAUAUUCUUUUUGUCCUUUUUAUAUUAUUGUUGUAAACACACGGCCCUUUGAAACCAGCGCUGUAAAUAUUAUCUGCUGAACAGGCUACCGUGUUUAAAUAAUUUUAUUAAAGAUUAAAGAUUAAAGAUUAAUGUAGAGUCCGAGAUAUCCAGUCGUUCGGCAGGAACGGAAAACAAAGACCUGGAUCUAGAAGAAGAGACUGACGAGUUGCAAGUGACUGAGCAGAAUGUUCGCCAAGCUAAGCGUGGAAAACCUGUCCAUCCUAUCUGGAGUGAUGCAUUUGACAUACCAGAUGUACACUACAUUCAGAGUCCCAACAAUGCCCUUUGCAAGCAUUGCAAACAAUCUGUACGACACCAUCAUAAAACACUCUCUGUUGAAACCCAUUUGCGUAAAUGCCAGCCUUUUAAAAAAAUCAUGAUGGAUAAACCAGUAUGCCGUCGUCCAGACUGGUGGAAUAACAGCGUGAAUGGAGCUUCCAAGAAAGCCAAAGUUGCUACUUCAAUUUCAAGCAAGAGUGUUUCGUCCUUUGGCAAUUUGACGCAGUCUUCGCUGAGAUCGUUUGUUAUCCCACAUUUGAACGCCACGGAGCAGAAGAAGUUUAAUCAAGAGAUCGCCAUGCACUUCUACUGCACAGGAACAAGUUUUGUGCGUGUUGAAGACCCCUAUCUUCUUCGGGCUAUACAAUUGUUUCAACCAGGUACACGACUGCCGACGCGGAAGCAACUAGCUGAUGAUAGUUCUGGCGGUUUGCUGGAGAGUUGCUAUCAGAGAGUCAAGGCGGAAGUUGGUAAGUUGUUAUCCUUUAACAAACAGUAUAUCUGCAUCACCAGCGAUGCAUGGUCCAGUACACUGAACGAGCUGAUAGUCAACUACAUGGCUGUAUCCCCAACCAAGUCACUAUUCCUAGCUGUUCACACUGAAGAUCAGCCACAUGAUGGCGGUGUGUUGGUUAAAGCAUGGCCGUGUCGUUACAAUUUUUCUUGUUUUUUUCUCUUAUGUUUAAUGAUGUAUAUCAAAACACAUUAAACCUUCAAGAUAACAAUGCCGGGAUAAGCCUGGAAGGUUUUGUGGUUGCUGGAAAGUUAUCUUCUUCUGUGGCCAUUCCCGAAGUUAAAACUCAAAGAAAUUCUAUCGCCAUCGCUUCGCGGCCUUUGAUUCCCGCAAGUCGAAAGUUAAUGAUGGGAGUGUACGUAUUGAAGAUUGCCUUAUCGACAAAUAUUCUGCUCCUGAGUGGUGAUAUUGCUUUGAACCCGGGACCUGUGAACUCGAAUGUAACUUUCUCGAGUAACGAAUCUAUGAUGUCGGGCUCGGGAAUUUCUGAUAGCGAGAGGGACUAUUCUACGGAGUACUUUAAUCUUGGAUUGGGCGAUAAAGGUUUGCGUAUUGGACACUGGAAUGUCAAUUACUUGACAACAGAAAAAUUCGAACAGAUAAAGCUAUAUUUACUCGGUAAGUCAAGACCCGGCAAAUCGCAACUGGAUGUAUUAUUUCUAAGCGAAACAUUUCUUAAUCCAAGUGUGCCAGACUCAUUAUACACGGUAAAUGGUUUUUCUAUUUUCCGAAGAGAAAGGCUAUUGAAAG